ACAUAAUGGUUGGGGGGUGAGGGAAUUCUGAAUUGUCAAAUGUCAAAUGUGCGAGACGCCAUUAACAAGUGCAUUGAGUGCUUGAAAACCUACAAAUCAAGUCGGGUUUGCACUGCAACGCACUUUUCACUUUGAGGAUGAAAUUUGCUCCUCUGGCGUUUCUUGUCUUAAUUAAUUUCCAGGUUUGUUUGUCGGUUUUACCGAUUGUAAUCUGGCAUGGCUUAGGAGAUGUAUGCUGUAACCCCUUGAGCAUUGGUGGUUUACAAAAGUUUAUACAACAAGAAAUUCCUGAUGUUUAUGUUAUUUCAUUAAAGAUUGGGAAAACCACCAAAGAGGAUUUUGAGAAUGCAUACAUAAAAAAUGCAAACGAUCAAGUCAAAUUCGUCUGUGACUUCAUCAGAAAUGAUUCAAAAUUAGCUCUAGGAUAUCAUGGUCUUGGUAUCUCCCAAGGAGGGCAAUUCUUGAGAGCUGUAGCUCAACGAUGCACUAAUCCUCCAAUGGCUAAUCUGAUCACUCUAGGCUCUCAACAUCAAGGUGUGUAUGGACUCCCUCGGUGCUCGGGUGAUGAUGUCAAGUUUUGUAACUACAUUCGGACGUUGUUGAACCGCGGAGCCUACAAAAAAUGGAUUCAAAAUUUCGUCGCCCCGGCAGAGUAUUGGCAUGACCCAUUGGAUGAGGAGACAUACAAAAAAGCAAGCGUAUUUCUUGCUGAUAUAAAUAAUGAGAGGACAAUCAAUGAAACUUAUAAAACUAAUUUACAACAGCUGAAAAACUUUGUCAUGGUAAAGUUUACAAAAGAUACAGUUGUACAACCAAUAGAAACAGAAUGGUUUGGUUUUUAUCGCGAAAAUGAUUUGAAUUCAACUUAUACUCUUCAGGAGUCACCGCUCUAUAUUGAGGAUCGCCUAGGCUUACGAACCAUGGAUGGUCAAGGUAAACUUCAUUUCCUGAAAGUUGAAGGGGAUCACGUUCAAUUUAGCCAGACUUGGUUUAAACAAGUGAUUAUAGAGAAAUUCUUACGUUGAAAAGAUUUAAAGUGUUAACACAAUAAAAAGCUAUUUACUAUC